AAAUUGAAUAUACCGUACGGAUGAGCCGAUCCGUUUAGCCAUGCAGAUCGCGCGCCCGCGUUCUCGGUAUAAAACGCUUCGCGACGCCGGACAAAUCAGUCGUUCAAAAACCAACGAACGAGUCCAUCAGUUUCGCAGUACGAUCCGUCGCACAACAUGAAGGUUUUCCUAGUCCUAGCCGCUUUGGUGGCCCUCGCUGUCGCAGAGACUCCCGUCUACCGCCAACAAAAUCAACAACAGAGACGCUACUACUUCGCUCGUCAGGAGGAAAACACCACUCCGUAUACUCCGUCUGAUGGAUUUUACCCUCCUUCGGGAUGGAAGCCGGACGGUCCGUCCUUCUAUCUGCCCCAGAGGCAAGUGGAAACCUCUUACGGUUCGCCAAGCGAGCCUUCCUCGAACCCCGAACAGCAGUACGGGGCACCGGACGUUCCUCAGCCCGUACAACCUUUGGAAAAUCGCCGGCAGCAACAACCGCAACAACCGCAACAACAACAACAACAGCAGCAGCAGCAGUUCGGAGCUUCCCAAAAUUCGAACCAAGGACGUCGGUUCCUGGCGCCGGUUUUCCAACCAGAAGUGAACCGGUUCGGUGUUCCCCAACCUCGGGGACAGUUCCAGCCCCGACAACCGGAACAGGAAUACGGUGUUCCCGUUACAACAACGACCGAGGAACCGUCGACGACCACCACCGAAAUCGAAGACUCGACGACCACCUUGGCACCGCAAACGGCAGACUCCGAGGUGGAGCCGGUGAAUUCGGUGAACGAACUGGACGACGAGGAGGACAUCGACAACCAACAACAACGUGAAAUGGGCGAGUACUACAUCGCUCUUCCCGACGGUCGUCUUCAACGCAUCCGUUACGUCAGUCAUCAGGACAUAGAGGCGAUGAAGUACUUCGCCAGGAUCCGUGCGGAGAACGUCGAGCCCCUGAGAGGGCCGAUCUACUCCUACUCUCCUCUUCAAGAAGUUCGCUUCAACCCGGCAACUCUGAACGUCGCCGCUCAAUCAGCUCCCGCGGGAUCCUCAACCUCGUCCGGGAAACUCGAACUUCAGGACGAAGCUGCCGCACCGUCACCUCCGCUUGCCGCGGUCGUUCGGUAUCCGUUCAACGUAGCUUCGCCAGUUGUUCCUCUGGGUGCCGCGGUUCCCGCCUCCGGCUACUCAUCCAACUACAGAGUCCAGGCUCCUGAGACUAGAUAUCUUCUCAGUUUUUAAUUAGCGAUGCUUUUUGUUUCCGGUGAAAUCGCGUGAAGAGUUCGAACCGUUCGGACGAGGUCGAAGGUUGGAAAUUUUAUUUAUUGGAUUAACGAGAAUGGUUUUUACUUUUCACGUCUAAUUGUAAGUCCGCGUUACGAUGACUCUGGUUAUAUCCUUCUUUAUAUUAUUUAUCGUUGCGUAAAACAGAAAAUGAAACAAAAAAAAAAAAAAACUUACAUGUAUAAUAUUCAUAUAACUGCCCACAUGUGUUAUGUACAAUCUGCUAUGAAUAAAUAUCGAAAAAUUCUCUAGUUCAAGCUAA